CGGCAUUUCCUUUAUCUCUAGUUUCUUUCUAUGUAUAUUAGAAAAAUUUGUGUUGUAGAAGGAAAUUUUGGGGGGUGAAUUAUGACAGAAGAGCGCGAACAGGGGAAAAGAGAGAGAGGAAGAGGAAGAGGAAGAGGAAGAGGAGAGGGCAGUCUGAAGAGUUGGGUGCAGGCCUAGCAUCGAGGGUACGAUGGGAUUGAAGAGGCCUUCGCCGGUGUCAAUCGCCAUUUCCGUCUUCCUGCUUCUUGGUGUCCUCUUCGCCGGCUUUCAGUGGCUCGACCAGCCAUCGAUCGACGGACAAGGGUUGCUUUUAUAUCGCUGGAACAGAUUCUUUACACUUUCCCUAUCUGUUUACGAUCGCCAAUUGCGAAGAAGAGAAUAGAAUCACGUCUCCGGGGAUAAGACAACACCAUGUGAGACGACAUGCCGCGUUAUGAAGCCCUUUUCUGCAGGCAAACGGUACUUCUUCUGGAACCCAUUCGGCGGGAGCCAUUCAAGCGACUCUUUGGCAGCACGCCUAGCGGGGGAGCACGGUCUGCUCUUUUGUGCCAACACAACUGCUGCAGCGGAGGUCCGGCAAUUCCCGCCCGGUCCCUCAUGCCCCGACUACUUCAGGUGGAUCCAUGAAGACCUCCGGCCCUGGAACCGGAGUGGUAUCACCCGAGAGAUGGUGGAGUCCGGAAAGAAGCUCGCCGACUUCCGGCUGGUCAUCGUCGGAGGAAAGGCGUACGUGGAGACGUACCGGAGAUCCUUCCAGACGAGGGACCUGUUCACCAUCUGGGGCAUCCUUCAGCUCCUUAGUUGGUACCCCGGCCACAUUCCGGAUCUGGAUCUCAUGUUCAACUGCGGCGAUGUCCCAAUGGUCCCGGCCGCCGGCUUCUGGCCCUGGACCUGGAUCCGUAAAUGGCGCGUGCCAGCCCCCGUCUUCCACUAUUGUGCUGAUGACGCCUCACAAGAUAUUGUCUUCCCUGAUUGGUCUUUCUGGGGCUGGGCAGAGGUGAACAUAAAACCAUGGAAGCUGCUGGUGAAGGAGCUGAGAGCAGGCAACGAAAAGACCAAAUGGAAGGAGCGGGCGAGAACUGCUUAUUGGAAGGGGAACCCGUACGUGUCCAGAACCAGGCGGGACCUUCUCAAGUGUAACCUUUCCGAGUCCCAUGAUUGGAACGCACGCCUUUAUAUCCAGAACUGGGAGGAAGAAAUUCAACGUGGAUUCAAGCAAUCAAACCUGGCAGAUCAGUGCACUCACAGAUACAAGAUUUACGUGGAAGGGGUUGCAUGGUCGGUAAGCAGGAAGUACAUACUGGCAUGCGACUCCCCAACUCUGUCCAUGAAGGAUCGAUACUACGACUUCUUCUCCAGGUCCCUCCUGCCGGGCCAACACUUUUGGCCCAUAAGCGCUGAUAACAAAUGCCCCUCCAUCAAGUUUGCGGUUGAUUGGGGGAACAGCCAUCCACAGAAGGCUCAAGAGAUUGGGAAGGCAGGAAGCAGCUUCAUUCUGAAUGAUAUGCGGAUGGAGAAUGUAUAUGACUACAUGUUUCAUGCUCUAACUGAAUAUGCAAAGCUGUUGAGGUACAAGCCCACCAUACCCUCGGCGGCAAAGCCCGUCUGUUUGGAAUCCAUGGCUUCCUCUGAGAGCGGGCGGGUGAAGGAGUUCAUGAUAGAAUCGAUGGUGGAAGGACCACGAAACGCAGGGCCUUGUGCUCUUCCUCCUCCCGAUUCUGCCGCAGUCGAGUCACUGACGAGAAGAAAGAAGGAAUCCGUGAAACAAGUACAACGAUGGGAGCGAGAAGGUAGGGACAGAUGGAACAAGAGAAGAUAGCAGUUCUGCUGUUUGAAGUGUCCCAAAAUUGGCCGACACAAUAGGAUAGGUAGACAAGAAAUCAGAGUUAAUGAAGAAAAGAGAGGGGGGUUUUGUUUGGCUAGGCAAUUGAAGGAGGACAGCAAUUGCCUGCUCAAUUGUGUAAGUUAUCGAUUGAUGGCCUACUGAAACAGAUAUAAAUCAAAUACAUGUAUUUUUUGGGUCCUGUAUAUAAAACUGCAAGGCUUAUCGACUGAAAAUCAAAUAUGGGUGCUAUAUGAAUACCUAUAUGUAUCUA